AUGGAGAAAAAAUUACUUCCACAUCAUAAAUAUAGUUAUAUUCCAAAACAAAACAAAAAACUCAUAUAUGAAUAUUUAUUCAAAGAGGGUGUUAUAGUAGUAGAAAAAGAUGCAAAGAUACCACGUCAUCCUCAUUUAAAUAUUCCCAAUUUGCAUAUAAUGAUGACAUUAAAAUCAUUGAAAAGUAGAAAUUAUGUUGAAGAAAAAUAUAACUGGAAACAUCAAUAUUUUAUAUUAAAUAAUGAAGGUAUUGAAUAUUUAAGAGAAUUUUUGCAUUUACCUCCAUCUAUAUUUCCUGCAACUUUAUCAAAAAAAACAGUCAAUAGAGCACCAAAAAUUGAUGAAGAAAUUACAAGAGAAAUCAGACAACCAAUGGGAAGAGGAAGACCUUAUGAUAGAAGAAAUCUUGAAUAA